AUUUUAUUUAUUUUUAAUUUAUUGGCCACAACGUUCCUUUUCUUUCAGUUUCUCUUUGUAAUUUGUAUGUAUGAGUAUCUAAAUAUUACCAUUCGUUUUAAUAUUAUUUUUAUUUUUGUCACAAAGUUCAAGUCCCAAACCUACACCCUUACUCACCUUUAGAGGGACAGACAAUCAGACAAGGACGUCUUUGUAAGUCUUUCACUCAAAUGAGAUUGAAAACAAGAGGACUUUAAAACAAUAGCGUCCCCAAAGACCCAGUGAGAGAGAGAGAGAGUACUAGAAAAGAAAGGAGGAAGCUUUAUCAUUCUCAUCAAUGGUGGCUGGCAAAAUGAGAGUAGCAAUGGGCCUAACAAAAUCACCAGCUCAUCCAAAAAAGCCGGCUGAAACGCCACCCCCACCCCCACCAUCAAAACCACCUUCUCCUUCACCGAGCUCCGGAGCUAAGGUUACUCAGAAAACAGUUUUCUCACGAUCCUUCGGCGUUUACUUCCCAAGAUCGUCUGCACAGGUUCAGCCAAAGCCUCCGGACGUCACCGAGCUUAUCCGCCUCGUCGAAGAGCUCCGGGAGCGAGAAUCUCGGUUGAAGACUGAGCUUCUUGAGCAAAAACUAUUGAAAGAGACAGUGGCUAUCGUUCCCAUACUCGAAACUGAGAUCUCAAACAGAGAAGCAGAGCUCGAAAAAGCUUCGAAAAGAAUCGAGGGUUUGGAGGCAGAGAAUGACAAGUUGAGAAAAGAGGCAGAGGAAAUGAAAAUGAAGCUUGAGGAAGAGAGAAGCGAGUACGAGAGUAAGGUUAAGAAGAUGGAAGCUGAAGUUGCAGAGUUGAACAAAUCAUCAGGACCGUUGGAUCGUAGCAGAGGCACUCAUGAGUUUUUUGUUGAAAGUGAUGAGCUUUCGUCUUCACAGAGGUUUCAGGGAUUAAUGGAGGUGUCAGUUAAGUCAAAUCUAAUCAAGAGCUUGAAAAAGGGAGUAAAAUCUUUAGACGUUAACAUUAUUAACCAAGAGAGCCAACAAAAAAUCGAAGCUUCGGGCUCAAAAAGAGAAGUAGAAGCUGUUGAAAGUGAGAGGCCAAGGCACUCGAGGUGUAACUCGGAGGAACUAGCAGAGUCAUCCUACGCAGUUAUCUCCAACGUCAGAUCUCGGGUACCCAGAGUUCCAAAACCACCUCCAAGACCAACAUUGUCAUUGCCAUCGUCAUCGUCAUCAUCGCCGGCGAUUUCACCAACCGGAGCAGCAUGUGCUACUAUCCCAACUUUAGAAAACAGAGCCCAAACGGAACAAGUCCUUCCGCCACCACCUCCACCACCACCACCACCGGCGAAGUCAGUCACGGCUCCACCACCACCUCCGCCACCAUCAAACAAAACGGUAGCUCCUCCGCCUCCGCCUCCGCCUUCAAAGGGUUUGAAGCCAAUGACGGCAAAAGUUAGAAAAGUACCAGAGGUGGUCGAAUUUUACCACUCCCUUAUGAGGAGGGACUCCCGGAAAGAAUCCAACGUUACAGAUGCUCCAGCAGCCGCCAAUGCCCGUGACAUGAUCGGCGAGAUUGAGAACCGGUCCGCCUACCUGCUCGCUAUAAAAACAGACGUUGAAACACAGGGCGAUUUCAUUAGGUUUUUAAUUAAAGAAGUUGAGAAUGCUGCGUUUACAGACAUUGAAGAUGUUGUACCUUUUGUCAAAUGGCUUGAUGAUGAGCUCUCUUACUUGGUGGACGAAAGGGCUGUGUUGAAGCACUUUGAGUGGCCGGAGCAAAAGGCGGAUGCACUAAGAGAGGCUGCCUUUGGGUAUUGCGAUCUUAAGAAGCUUGUAUCCGAUGCUUCGUCGUUUCGUGACAAUUCUCGCCAGCCAUGUAGUUCGGCCCUUAAGAAGAUGCAGGCUCUAUUCGAAAAAUUAGAGCAUGGUGUUUACAAUCUAUCAAGAAUGAGAGAAUCUGGGACAAAGAAAUACAAAAGUUUUCGAAUCCCCACGGAUUGGAUGCUUGACUCUGGAUAUGUUACCCAGAUCAAGCUGGCAUCAGUAAACUUGGCAAUGAAGUACAUGAAGAGAGUAUCGGCUGAGCUUGAAUCGGUUGGUGAAAUUGGUGGUGGCCCGGAAGAGGAAGAGCAGCUUAUAGUCCAAGGAGUUAGAUUUGCCUUUCGUGUUCACCAGUUUGCGGGAGGGUUUGAUGUGGAGACAAUGAGGGCUUUCCAGGAGCUGAGAGAUAAGGCCAGAUGUUGCCAAAACCAACAACAACCUAAACUUGUAUGCAGGUCUACUGCUACUCAUAUGCCUUCCUAAACCAAAGCCACCUCUGUAGCAAACUCAGCUUCAGAAAUUGAUCUGAUUGAUGAUGGUGAUGAUUAUUAUAAUUAUUAAUUAUUCUUAUUUUUUGUUGUAAAGAAAGAAAAUAUUAGAAGAAUAUUGUGUUUUGUGAAUAUAAAUGGCAGCAGCCAUGUUUGGCUUUCGUUCA